UCUCCUGUUGACGUACAGUCCCAAGUAAGUCCCGACCUUGUGGUUGCAUCAUGGAUGGACAUGACUGGAGCUCUAAAUUAUAUGAGUAAUGUGACAGGAAGCAAUGGAGAGAUAUAUGUAUGUCAGACGUCAAACACAAGCUGUGCCUUGGAAGAUCUCCAAUGUGGUCAUCAGUAUAACAUGGUGAUUUCAGGAAUUGGUCAAUACUGCAACAGUAAUGUCAGUGAUACACACACCUUCCAUACAGCUCCUUGUGUUCCACAAAAUGUGACUGCUGAAGUGGAUUGUGUGACUAAUGUUGCCGGCAUUACAUGGGAAAGAAGCCUGGGAGCAAACAAUUAUACUGCAUUAGCAGUUGGUGCAGAUGGAGAAUAUCACACUUGCUAUUCAUCUGAAACUUCAUGUAAUAUUUCUGGGUUAUCAUGUGGACAGAUGUAUUUAGUGACCAUUUCGGCAACGAAUGGAGAGAGCGCAAGUAAACCAAGUCUCCGAGUAGAUCUGCACACUGCUCCCUGUAUCCCAGUGCUGGAUCCGCCACAAAUCAUUUGCUACAAUAAUUCUGUGUCACUAUCUUGGAGUAGAACCUCAGGGGCAAUCAGUUAUAUCUCGAAUGUCACCAGCCCAGGAGAAGAAAGUCUUUUCUGUCAAACAGAGGACACGAGUUGCACAAUUGAUAAUUUGAAGUGUGGGCAAACGUACAAUGUGACAGUUACAGCCAUCAAUGCUCAGUGUUCAGGUCCAACUCUGCCUCCAGCGGCACUUAUAACUGCCCCCUGCCAGCCUCAGAAUGUGGUUACUAAGAUGAACUGUUCUGACUCAGAGGCACUCUUGAGUUGGGAAGCAGCUCCAGGAGCUUUGAGUUAUCUGUCAGUGCUGAGAACUCAUACUCGGCAGUAUGUUGUAUGUAACAGCACAAAGAUUGGUUGUGUGAUCAGCAGUCUGCCAUGUGGAAGUGUGUAUGAUGUGAUAAUAACAUCUGCUAACAAUCAAUGUGCAAGUAAACCAAGCUUUCCAGUUGAGUUAUACACAGUUCCCUGUGUACCAACUGCAGUGCAGACUAUCAUUAAUUGUGAGUCCAGUGUGGUCUCUGCAAUGUGGGCUGAAACCACUGGAGCCGUGAAUUAUACAGCAAUUGCCACAGGGCCCCAGGGGAAGUAUUAUUGCCAAACAAGCAAUACAUCAUGCAGUUUCCCCCAACUUUCUUGUGGUCUAGAAUUUAAUACUACAGUUGUUGCUGUGGGAAAUACUUGUGUCAGCGAUAUCAGCACAUCCACGGCAUUUAAUACAGUUCCUUGUAAAGCAAGAAAUCCUACCAUGACUUUCGAUUGUAGCAUUGCAUUUGCAGUGAUCGACUGGGAAGCAGCCCUCGGGGCAGUCUCAUAUACAGCUGCAAUCACUGCAGAAGAUGGGCAAAGAAGUGAAUGCAGCUCAUUAGGACUCAGCUGUACACUUUAUACAUUAAAAUGUGGCCAGAUAUAUAACUUGACUGUGGAAACCUUUGGAUCAAGUUGCAGCAGCAUAGCCAGUGCUUCAGAAAAAUUUCACACAGCUCCAUGUAUACCUCAGAAUGUCACUGCACAUGUCAACUGCCUUACUAAUGAAGCUGCCCUGACCUGGAGCAAAACACCCGGGGCUUUUAAUUACACAGCCCUGGUGAUAGGACCAGAUGGAGAACACGCUUGUAACACAACAUCCACUUCUUGUAACAUCACACAUCUGAGCUGCGGCCUCACCUACUACCUUACUGUCACAGGAUACAAUGGCCAAUGUCAAGGACUAAGCAGUGACCCCACAGAAUUUAUUACAGCCCCAUGUACACCUGUGAAUGUCCUGGGAGAAAUAGACUGUGAUGCUGCUUCUGUAGCUUUGUCUUGGUCAGCAAUGGCUGGUAUUGAAGGUUUUACAUCAUAUCUUGUUGGAUCUGACGGUGUCACUAGAACAUGUAACUCCACUGGAGAGAACUGUACUUUUUCUGGCCUACCAUGUGGAUAUGAAUAUGAUGGAUUUGUGUAUGCUGUUAACAAACAAUGUGAAGGACCAUUGAGCCGGUCUGUAAAGAUCUACUCUGCACCCUGUAUUCCCCUGGAUGUAAAGACCUCCGUUAAUAGAAUAGAAAACUCAGUGCUCCUAACCUGGAGUAUGUCCCCUGGGGCCAUUAAUUAUACAUCAUCAGUGAUCGGUAUCAAUGGAGACAGACAUAACUGCAGCACUGAGAAUACAUCAUGUCAGGUACAAGAGUUGACAUGUGGAAAGGUGUACACCACAAUGGUCACUGCAUACAACAGCAUGUGCAACAGUAGUGAAAGCACUGCUACUGAAUUCAAAUCAGUCCCGUGUUCUCCAGAGAAUCUGGAAGUCCAUGUUACUUCUGAUUCAGUAGUCCUCUCUUGGGGAGAAGCUCCUGGUGCUAUUAACUACACUGCAGAGAUAAUUGGAGUUGAUGGAGAGACCUACACAUGCAAUUCAACAAAUACUUCAUGUGUAAUGGCCACUCUGAUGUGUGGCUACCAGUACUCUGUGUUACUGACAGCCAAUGGAGAAGAAUUAAGUAGUAAAGUCAGUCAUACACAUCAAUUCAAAACAGCUCCAUGUACACCCCAAAAUAUACUCAUAUAUGUGGAUUGUGUGGCCAAUUCUGCAACAGUUUCAUGGAAUUCUAGUCUGGGAGCUGAGAAUUACACCUCUAAAGCUGUUGGGACAAAUGGAGAAUAUCAUAUUUGUAAUUCCACGGCUACGUCAUGUGGCUUUACUAACUUAACAUGUGGCAUAUCUUAUGAAGUAACUGUCAAAGCAAUAAAUGAAGCAAGUAGCAGUAAUCUGAGUCUUCCUGUAAGCUUCAUAACAGCCCCCUGUAUUCCGGUACUGAAACCAUUGCAGAUCAACUGCUAUGACAACUCGGUUUUAUUGUCCUGGGAAAAAACAUUAGGUGCAGUCAAUUUUACCGCCAGUAUUACCAGUCCAGCAGUAGAUACUCUCUCUUGUACUACUGAGGAUACAGGCUGCACUAUUAGUGAUCUGAAGUGUGGACGGCUCUACAGUGUGACAGUUACAGCCAUCAAUAGUCAAUGCUUAAGUCCCAUAUCUGCUCCAUCUAUGCUUACUACCGUUCCCUGUCAGCCCCAGAAUGUGAUGGCAAAAAUGAACUGUUAUAAUUCUUCAACACUUUUGAGCUGGAAUGAAGCACCGGGAGCUCUGAGAUACAUGUCCAUUCUAACAGGAUUUGGUGAGGAGCCGCUUGUGUGUAAUAGUACUGAGCCAGCCUGUGAAAUCCCUGGAUUGCAUUGUGGACAAAGCUACAAUAUGACAGUGACAGCUUUCAAUAAUGACUGUCGGAGUAUACCAAGCUCUGAAACUGAACUUUACACAGUGCCCUGUGUACCCACUGAGCUACAAGCACAGGUCAAAUGUGAGUCUAACUUUGCAACUGUGUCCUGGACCUCAUCUAUGGGAGCUGACAACUACACUGCAAAAAUAAUUGGAGAUAAUGGAGAGGAGCAUGGCUGUAGUACAGUCAAUUUGUCCUGCAGUUUUACACAGCUCUCUUGUGGCUUAGUGUAUGAAGCUACGGUUGUUGCAGUGGGAAAGAUGUGUAGCAGCGACAUUAGUCCUGUCACUACCUUCCACACAGUGCCCUGUGUUGCAACAGACUUAGAAUCACAGUAUCAGUGUGGUUCAGAAGAUGCCAUGAUUUCCUGGGGGGCAGUAUCUGGAGGAAUAAGAUAUACAGCUAUUGCCACCACACAAGAUGGAGAGAGUAGUAACUGCAGUACAACAGACACCACAUGUACAGUGGGUUCCUUGCAAUGUGGACAAAUCUAUACUGUAAAUGUGGAAUCCUUUGGUGUGAUCUGCAACAGCAGAGCUGUCUCACCAAAAGUGAUUCAGACAGAGCCCUGUGUUCCCCAAAACCUCUUUGCAUACAUUGACUGUCAACUGAACAAUGCAAUCUUUAAUUGGAGCAGUGCUCUUGGAUCUGAAAAUUAUACAGCACUGGUGGUUACAACAGAUGCAGAGGUGCACACAUGUCACACUACAUCUACCUCCUGUGCCAUCGCUAAUCUCCCCUGUGGCCAUACUUACAAUGUCACCAUUACAGCUUUCAAUGAUCAGUGUCAAGGACAAAGUAGUAAUGAUAUACAGGUAAUCACAGCUCCCUGUGCUCCACAACAAGUUCAUGCUGAAAUAGACUGUGUCACAAACUCUUUGGAGAUCUCCUGGAAUCAGAUGUCAGGAGUAGAAACAUUUAUUUCCUACCUUACGGCUUCUGAUGUUGGAAACUGGACUUGCAAUUCCAUACUGGAAAACUGUUCCUUCACUAACCUGCCAUGUGGGCAUGAAUUUAGUGUGACUGUGGCAGCUGAUAACAGUCAGUGUCGUGGUCCUUUAAGUAAUGCUGUAAAGAUUUUGACUGCCCCCUGUAUUCCAACAAACAUUAACACAGCCGUGGACUGUGUGAGUGGCUCAGCACUGGUCUCAUGGAGCCAGUCCCUUGGAGCUUUGAAUUAUACAUCUAUUCUGAUUGGACCACAAGAAGAGACCUACAAUUGUAGCAGUCAAGAAACAUCAUGUUGGGUUUCAGACAUAGUAUGUGGAGAGAAAUACACAGUGGCAGUGCAGGCACAGAAUGAAGUCUGCAGCAGCAUGGUACAUAGCAUCACCGAUCUACAAGCAUGUUCUUGUGUACCUCAAAACAUAUCUAUAUUUAAUCCUUGUACCUCUGAUGCAGUUAGGCUGCAUUGGACAGAGCCCAUCGGUGCAGUGCUUUACAAGUCCUCUGUCACAUCUUCACUUGGGGAGAUAUAUACAUGUGAAACAACAAACAACAGCUGUGACUUUAGUGGACUUCAGUGUGGUGAAACAUAUAGUGCAACUGUCACAGUCUUCAAUAUUCAACAAGCUAAUGUGAGCUUAGAUGUGCAGACAUUUCAAACAGCACCAUGUAUUGCUUCAAAUAUAAGCGCGCAGCUUCAAUGUGGAACCAACAUGGCAUCUUUAUUAUGGGAUCCUUCUCAAGGAGCUACUUCAUAUGCGGCUUUUGUGAGUGCCAUAAAUGGUUGGAAUGGCGUGUGUUCAUCAAAUAGCACAACAUGUGAUAUUUAUGCCUUGGAGUGUGGACAAAUGUACAGCGUAUCACUAAUAGCAUCUAACUCCGACUGUAACAGCAUGUCCAAUGCUACCGAUAUCUACAGUGCUCCCUGUAUUCCACAAAAUGUGAGAACAGAGGUUAUCUGUGGAACAGAUAUAACAGAUGUGUCAUGGGACAGAACACCAGGAGCCAGGAACUACACAGCAACUGUGCGAGAUUAUGGUGGAAAUACCUAUUUAUGCAGUACAGAGGAAACCACAUGUAGAAUUGAAUCUCUAGAAUGUGGUGAAAACUAUCAUGUUAUAGUGACUGCACAUGGAGAACAGUGUGACAGUAGAAGUACCAUUGUUGAAUUCCGCACAGGUCCAUGUAUUCUGUAUGUAUUGGAGGUGAUGCCUUCCUGUACUUUAGACUUCUUGACACUGUCAUGGGUCGCUACCUUGGGAGCAGAUUAUUAUGUUGGAACGCUAACAGAUCAGAAUGGGGAGACACUGACUUGUUAUACUUCAGAUCAGACCUGUGAUAUCAAAGGUUUACAAUGUGGGGAUACCUACAAUGUAACUUUAACAGCCUAUAAUGAGCAGUGUAAUAGUGGAAAGAGUCUACCCACCUUGCUGUCCACAGCGCCUUGUGUCCCAACUAAUCUGAGUAGCUCUGUGGACUGUGACACGCAGUCUCUAACUGUAUCAUGGGAAGUUGCCCCAGGAGCCGCAGCAUAUUCAUUGACAGCUGUUAGUGGCCUACAUGAGACUUCUUUCAUAACCACAAACACAUCCUAUGAAUUUACAGACUUGUUAUGUGACAGGGUUUAUGAAGUUACAGCAAGCAGCACUUCUGACAGUUGCAAUAGUCAAGGAAACAGUUCACUUCAUGUUAAAACAAUUCCAUGUCCUCCUUACAUUCUGUCUGCCUAUGCAUCUUGUGAGAAUAAUUCAGGAAUAAUACACUGGGAUAGCAGCCAGAAUGCCAAGUCAUAUGUGGCUGUACUGGAAGGAGCAAAUCCAUUGUCCUGCAAUACCUCCGACACCACUUGUGAGAUUCCAGAGCUGGAAUGUGGACAGAAUUACACAGCGACUGUCUGGGCAGAGGAUGGAAUGUGCAAAGGAAGAGCUAGUUCUAAAAUGACAUUUAAAACAGUGCCAUGUAUUCCUCAGAAUGUUAACUCCACAUUACUAUGCCAGGAAAAUGCACUUAGUGUAUCUUGGGAUGCCAGCUCUGGAGCUACCGCCUAUUUUGCUACCGCUGUAGGAAGACAGGGUCAGACUCUUACCGUAGAUGUCCAGGAUCCCACCUGUCUCCUGUCUGGCCUACAGUGUGGAGAAGUGUACAGCCUAACUGUUCUGGCCUUGCAUGAUGAGUGUAAGAGUGCUGAGAGUACUGGAUUGGAAAUCACAUCUGUCCCUUGCAGUCCCAUGCAUGUUACAGCUACCAUGGACUGUAAUGUAAAUGGAGCCACAGCCAUCUGGGAACCAAGUACUGGAGCCAUGGCAUAUACGGUAUUGUUCUCUGGAUCAGAUGGACAUGACGUUUCCUGUACAUCAACAAAUAUGUCUUGUUCUGUUUCUGGAUUGCACUGUGGAGAAAAUUACAGAGUAACUGUCACAGCCUUUGAUAACACUUGCCAUGGCAUAUCAUCAAAUACUACCAUCAUUAGUGCAGUGCCGUGUAACCCAACCAAUGUCUUAGCCACCAUAGACUGUUCUUCAGCAGACCUUAUAAAUGUCACCUGGGCUCCCAGCAAAGGAGCCAUGUCCUAUGUAGUGACAGCAAAAGGAGAUGAUGGGCACACUCUUUCAUGUAGCACAACAACAAGUACAUGUGAUAUCAAAGACGUGCACUGUGGAGACAUUUAUUCAAUCUCAGUUACAGCGUGGAGCAUUGACUGUAGCAGCGAAACUGUCUUCGUAGACAUUAUUGAGACGGUUCCAUGCACUCCGGACAUAGUUGAGGUGCAAAUCGACUGUUUGACAAAUGAAGCGUUUGUGUCCUGGAAAGAAAACAAUACCCAUCCCACCUACCAUACGGCAGUGGCUACAGAUCCCCAUGGAAAAGAACUGUCUUGUUCUGAGUUUAUUACUUCCUGUUCCAUACCCGGUCUGGAGUGUGGCCUUAUAUACAGCUUCCAGGUGCAUUCUUCUAACCGUGACUGCAGCUCAUUAAAUAGUUCGGCCUACAUAUCUAAGACAGCCCCUUGUCAGCCCGUAGAUGUUAUAACAAAUGUACAUUGUGAAAACAAUGCUGGAAUUAUAUCCUGGGCGGAGAGCAGAGGGGCAAUACAUUACAUGACAACACUAACUGGAAAUGGAUCAACUCUGUACUGUAACACUACAGAUACUACCUGUUCAUUUAAUGGAUUGCAGUGCGGCCAAAGUUACAGUGUAAAUGUAAUGGCCAUGGAUGAUAAAUGUGUCAGUGUAUUGUCUGCCAUCAGUACAUUUCCAACAGCUCCUUGUCAACCCCAAGGUUUCAGCAUUGACCUUGACUGCAGCAACCAGACUGUUUCCAUGCUGUGGGAAGAGAGUAAUGGAGCCCAGCUAUACCAUGUGGAUGUUGAAAGCAGCAUUGGUGAACUAAACUCAUACACUACAACCAGUCUCUUCUUUAGCUCUGAGGUUUUGUCGUGCAGCAAGUCAUAUGGGUUUACUGUUAUGGCAAUUGGUGAAACAUGUAACAGUUCCAAGAGUGUGACGCUUUAUGAAAACUCAGCACCCUGUGUACCAGUUGAUGUGCAAUACACAACCACUUGUCCUACCACAAUGGUCUUGAUGACAUGGUCUGCAAGUGAAAGAGCUAUUGAUUAUCAUGUAUCAGCCAGUGCACCUGGAGGACUAGAAAGUAGUUGCAAUAGCUCCAGUACCAGCUGCUCAUUAUCAGGCCUAGACUGUGGCUUGUCCUAUAAAGUCCAAGUAGUGGCCGUAGGCCAGAAAUGUAGCAGCAAUGGGAGCUCAUUGGUGCUUCUGGACACAGCAGUAAAGAUCAAACAAUUUGGUUUAUGUUUAACAGCCCCCUGCCUGCCGAAAAACUUGGAAGUUCACAUGGACUGUACAAAUAACUCAGCCAUUUUGUCUUGGGAGGAAAGCAGAGGGGCACAGCACUAUGUUGGCGAAGUGGUAUCUGAUCAAGACUCUGUUUUUUCAUGUAAAACUGAAGGCACAACCUGCAUCGUACCAGACCUAAGCUGUGGCACCGCCUACUCCUUCUCUGUGCUGGCAAUGGACAUGCAGUGCAACAGUUCAUUUACUGAGCCUGUACUGUCUGGUAUGGUCCCUUGCCCCCCUGAUGAAGUGGAAACUUCAAUUUAUCAUGGAGAUGUGAAGCCACAGGAAGUGGAAAUAUCCUGGAAUGGAAGUCAUUGUGGUACGGAUUACAUGGCCACGGUCCAAGGACAAAUUGGAUAUGAUCCAGAGUCCUCCUUUACUCUGAAUUCAUACUGGACAUCAUACAUGGACUUCUACAUUCCAGUACCCUGCAGCUCAUUUUACAAUGUUACAGUAACUGCUCGCAACCCGGCAGGAUCAAGCUCUCCUAGCACACCUAUCAUAGGUUACACAGCUCCAUGUCCUCCACAAGUGAAUCCACUGGUAGAAAAUGCAGGAACCAUAUCUAUAUCAUGGGAGGAGUCACCGUAUGCUGAUGAGUACCGAGUUGUGGAGAUGGAUCAUUUUAAUACAAUAUGUACAACACCAGGUCUGGCCUGUCAAACAUCAUUCACAUCCAGCAACUUCCAAGUUAUCGCUGUAAAUCCAUCAGGAGAAAGUAACCCAGCCUUUGUUCCAGGAUAUACAGCAUAAAUAAUCCAUAAUGAAGAUGUUUUGUAUCUCUGCUAGCUUCUUUUAUAUCCAGCUGCUAGUACACUUUUUUUAUAAACUGGUACCCCAGCAUCCACAUGCUUUGUGAAGACAGUAAAGUGAUUCUUUGAAACAAAUGCUUUCCCGCUUGUUUCUCCUUGCAGAUAUUGCUAUAUAUUUUAGUAUUGCUACCCAAAAUGUUUUGUAUUAUGCUUCAAAAAUGCUAUCAUUUAAUAAAAUAUUUUUAGUGCUCCAGG